AUGACUUUAGCAAAUCAAACUGUGGUCACAGAGUUCAUUCUUCUUGGGUUCUCCAGUCUCCUCCAGCUCCAGCUUCUUAUCUUUCUGGUGCUUCUAGUUAUGUACAUCAUAUCCCUGAUGGGUAAUAUCCUCAUCAUCUUUAUCACAAUAGUGGACCCUGCGCUUUCCAGCCCCAUGUACUUCUUUCUCCGGAACUUGUCUUUUCUGGAUAUCUGCUUCACCACAGUUGUGGUCCCUAAACUACUGGCAAACCUCCUCUCCAAGAAUAAAUCCAUCUCUUUCUCUGGAUGCAAGGUACAGAUGUUCUUCUUCUUCUUCUUUGGCACUGUGGAAUGCUUCCUCCUGGCCGCCAUGGCCUAUGACCGCUAUGUUGCUAUAUACAACCCGCUGCGUUACACCCUUGUCAUGAACAGGAGAAUGUGCACCCAAAUCAUACUGGCCUCUUGGAUCUCAGGGAUCCCUGUGGGCAUCACGCAAAUCUCCUGGCUCUUUAGCUUCCCAUUCUGUGGGCCCAGUGAAGUGCACCAUUUCUUCUGUGAUGGCCCCCCACUGUUAGAAUUGGUGUGUGCAGACACCUACCUAUUUGAGAUGUACUCCCUCACAGCUACUAUUAUAAUCAUCUUGUCCCCUUUUGUACUUAUCCUUGCAUCCUACACCUGCAUUAUCUACACUGUGAUGAAGAUGAAGUCGGCAGAGGGACGACACAAAGCCUUCUCGACUUGCUCAUCUCACCUCAUAGUCGUGACUCUGAUGUAUGGUACAGGCAGUUUGAUCUAUAUCCGGCCCAAAUCCAGCUACUCACCUGACACCAAGAGAUUCUUGUCUCUCUCCUAUACCGUUAUCACCCCCAUGUUAAACCCCCUUAUCUACAGCCUAAGGAACAACGAGAUGAAAGGGACUCUAAGAAGAAUACUGGACAGGAAAAUAAGCUUCUGGUAG